AUGGGCGCGUUAUUCUAUUAUGCCAACUUAACUAGGGGUGCCGUUCCUCCAGCUUCUCGGGCAGAACUUGCCCUCUAUAUCGCACUAUCUGCGCCGAAGCUCUACUACCUCGUAAAACUACUAACUACUAAACGCGAAGAAGGCAAAAAGGCUUUGGUUUUCCUAAGGAGCCCGAUAACCCUCUACCAUGGAUGGCUCUUUUGGAUCUCUUGGAAUUUCAUAUCCUUUCAAUCCAUGCCGGGCACCAGCCUGAUAAAAGAGAAGAAACAGCUCGCCUAUCCAACGAUGGCCUUGACCUGCACAAUAACUAUUCGUGCGUGGUGCUAG